GCUGCCGGAAGGGACCCUACGAUCUACAACAACGGUGUAAAAAAAACACUCAGUGGCAGAAAUAAAACGGGAACAAGUGCCUGAAAGUGGUUGAAAAGGGUAUUGUAAUCCAAAAACCGGGUUUUUUUUUAUUUUACCUCGAUACGUGUUUUGUCAUUGCUAGAUUCUGGUCUUGGGGUGCAAGAAUCAUGCUCGCCAUGCGAUCCUAGUAAUAAUCAAGAUUCAUAUAUGAAUUUUAUAAAGGUACAUUUAAAAGAGAAAAAAAAUCGAUUGUCACUAUUUCGGAUUUCCGAUUAAAAUCGUUGAAGAUUAAACACGAGGAGAUAGAGCCACCAAUUUGAUUUUCACUUCAAUCGAAGUAUUCCCAAGUUGUCGGCCAUACUCAAACAACCGCCGAGCGAUGAUAAACUGCAAACUGCUCGAGAUGUUUUUUACAAAAAAUGUUUGAAUUCUAAACCGAAUAAAACUAGAGAAAAAUUUCUUUGAAUAAAAGAGUCAUUGAGAUUCUUAAAAGAGCGUUGAAGUGAAGGAUUAAAGAAAUAUAAAAUUUUGUUGAUAAUCAAUCGUGUCUCGAGGGUGAACACGUAACGGUUUAAAGCGGUCACCGGACACGCAAAAAUAAUAUGAGCACCAAAGCAUCGGUUAAUCGCCGUGUUUUGGCGAUUCAGGCUAAGAAAAAACGUUACAAGCAAACGACCAAGAGAAAAGGAAAAAAUCAUACUCAGGGUGAUAGUGAGAACAGUGGUGCAACAUGUUCAAAAACUACAACACGUCAUUCCACACUCGGUGAGGGUGCACAGGAGGGUGAUGGACAAAGAACAUUUACCACUGACAAUGGGAACAGGUUGGAACCGAGCCACAGCUCCAGCAAUGAAACCAUCGAGGAUGACGACGAGGUGUACACCAGUGAAGAGGAGGAACAAGAGGACAGUAGUGACUACUGCAAAGGGGGAUAUCAUCCUGUUAAAAUUGGUGAUCUCUUUUUGAACCGUUAUCAUGUAGCGAGGAAGUUGGGUUGGGGUCAUUUUUCAACUGUGUGGCUGUGUUGGGACCUUCAGGAUAAACGAUUCGUGGCAUUGAAGGUCGUGAAAUCAGCAUCGCACUUCACCGAGACUGCACUUGAUGAAAUCAAAUUACUGAAAGACGUACGUGAUACAGAUCCGAAUGAUCCAAAACGCAACAAAACAGUACAACUUCUGAAUGAUUUCAAAAUAAGUGGCAUCAAUGGUCUUCACGUUUGCAUGAUAUUCGAAGUACUUGGACACAAUUUGCUUAAAUUAAUAAUAAAAUCAAACUACCGUGGUAUACCACGCAAUAACGUCAAGAGAAUCAUAAGACAAGUCCUGGAGGGUUUGGACUAUCUCCAUAAUAAAUGUAAAAUCAUUCACACAGAUAUUAAACCAGAGAAUGUGUUGAUUUGCGUUGAUGAGGCGUAUAUUAAAAAAUUGGCAUUUGUUGCCACAGAACUGCAUUCACUUGGUCUUAAGCUUCCAGUGUCCCUGAUAUCCACAGCGCCAAAAGAGUUUCAAGAGCCGACGCCCAAUGCAAAGAUGUCCAAAAAUAAAAAGAAAAGAAUGAAGAAAAAACACAAGAGGCAAAACGAACUGUUAAAGAAACAAAUGGAACAGAUACAGGAAAUAGAGGAGCAGGCAAAACAUGUUCCCAAUUCGACGGAAAAUGGUGGAGUGAGUGAGACCAAUAGUCCUGAUCAGGAUCCCAAUACUGAAAGCGUCGAGGAGAACACUGACUCCAAAGAAUCCCCGGAUAUUUCAGACCCUGCACCACCGCACGUCAAUGGCGUCGAUUCAUUCGCUGCUGGUGAUAAAAUGGACAAUCAGUCGGCUGAUGACGAGACAAAAAAUGAAAAUGUCACUCCGUGUGAGGUGGACAAAGCCUGCAACGAGGGAGUCCCUCUGUCUGAUCCAGAAAUUCACGAAGGAUCCAAUGAAGAACUGCACUUGGAUAUACCCGAUAUGAAGCCAUCGAAGAAGCCCUCUGUUGCUCCUCUCGAUCCUGCACUUGUUGACUGCGAAGUGGAAGUGAAAAUUGCUGAUCUUGGGAAUGCCUGUUGGGUUCAUAAAAAGUUCACUGAGGACAUUCAGACCAGGCAAUACAGGUCGCUGGAGGUUUUGCUCGGUGCUGGGUACCAUACAUCUGCUGAUAUUUGGUCGACAGCCUGUAUGGCUUUCGAGUUGGCUACUGGAGAUUAUCUUUUUGAACCCCACAGUGGUGCUGAUUAUUCAAGGGACGAAGACCAUUUGGCCCAUAUAAUCGAGCUACUCGGUGAAAUUCCCCGUAGAAUUGCUCUAUCCGGCAAGUACUCGAAGGCAUUUUUCACUAAAAAAGGAGAGCUCAAACACAUCACGGGUUUGAAGCCAUGGGGUCUGUACGAAGUACUUACUGAAAAAUAUGAAUGGUCACCGAGUGAAGCCCGGGAGUUCGCCGAGUUUCUAACUCCAAUGCUUGAGUUUGAUCCAAUCACCCGUGCUACCGCAGCCGAGUGUCUCAAACAUCCAUGGUUACAGAUCAAGUGAAUUUCCCAUGCUCUCUUCAUCUCCUCCCUCAUCCUAUUUUUUUAAUUCCACGCCACAUCGUAAAGUCAAAUCUUUAAUUUCCAUUGAAUCUAUGUCAACGCUGCUGCAGUGCCCGCCGAUAUCUUCGCGCAAUUAAUAACAAGUGUUAAGGAAUCGCAAGGUUUGGUAUCAUCACUACAAUGACGAAAAAUCACAAUCAAAUGAAUUAUCAGAGUAGAGAAUUUGGUUUUUGUAAAAAUUGAGAAGCCCCCCUAUGAUUAAAGGAACUAUCGUUUGAUGCAUCCUCAGCACAAUUUUAAUUUCAAUUAGAGUCGAGUACUGAGAAGAUAUAGAACAAAAAAUUUACACUACAAAUGAUUUUGCCUCCCUUUACUAUUAAUUCAUGUAAUUUAUUAUAUUUUCCUCUUUGCUUUUGUUGAAUUGUACUGUUAUUGAUUUCUCCAUUCACCAUUUUCUUUCCCUGUAUAAUUGCGGAUGAAAACUUAAAUUAAAUUAAUGAGAAGUGCUAUUGAGAAACCAGAAGCUUUUGAGCAGUUUGUCGUGAGAGUUGUCCUUUUUGUACGUAAAAAAAAAUCUUGUGUGAGGUCCCAACGAGGAAAUCUUUUUUAUUAAUACUCAGAUUAAAUGAUAAGACUUGGGUCAUGCUGCGCGUGCCCACGGAAGAUCUGAAUAAGAUUUCGUUGUAAAAGCAAAUCUUUUUCACUGACACAGAGAAAUCAGAAUUUUGGCGAGUCUUUGAGAAUGAAUUUUCUUUCUCCUCCUCCUCCCCAUCCCCCGGUGAAUCGUUCUGAACAUUUUUUUACAAUGUCUCAUUCCUCUUCAUGUUAUAAGUAACAGCUAGAAUAAGCUUCUCAAUUUAUUGUACAUAAAUUAUGUGAUCAGAGAAAUUUAUGCGAUCGAGUAUUUAAUUGCCAGUAGCCAAUGAAUUCUAUGAAUACAUCCCUGAGCUCUCGCAUGGAUUUCCAUCGAUCAAGGACUUAUUUGUAGUUUACAAACGAUCAUUGCAGAUCAAAAAUGAAUAUAAUUGUACAAUUAAUCAUGAAACCGAGAAACUAAUCGAAGGAAAAAAAGAUUGACAUAAUGUUAUUACAUAAUAAUGUUGAUAACGCGCUGCGAAUUAGGGUAAUUAAGUGACUAGGACGAGUAAAAAAAAAUUGUAGCUCAAUGUCCAGAACGUAAUUUUUUUCUCAUAUCGUAUGGAAUAGCCAUCAAAAGAACCCAGUAACGCGUGCAACACAUGAAAUAAUCCUUUUUUAGCCCAAAAAAAUGAACUAGUUGCGAAGAAGAUUUGUUGGCGAUUUUUGUUGCCGAGACGAUAUGACUAAAGUGAACUACAAAUGUGUCCAGAAUAUAAAACAAGUCAAUCAAUGUUGACUUUGCGUGUCUCCACCAAGCUUUUUUUUGAUGUCAAUGACUCGGUAAAAGGAAACAAUGCGAUCGGUAGGAAUAGUUUUUAUUAUUGUUAGCUGUAGAAUGUGAGGGAAGCCUUGAUAUUGAUUCAAUUUCCGAAUCACGCAAGGUAGAUAAAGUAAACCAGAGAUAUUGGGGGACCUGGAGUGCGUGUAAAUCCGCCAAUUGACAGAAUUGAUUAAUGUAGAGGAAGAAAAUGAUAUAAAAAAUACAAUAGAAUUGGUAUUAACCUGCAUGCUUAGCUGAAAGCUCAUUCUUUCGGCAGUUAGUAGCAAUAUGCCCCAAAUAAUGAACAUAAAUUAUGGAAAAUGAUCAGAAAUAAAUACAGCCCCUAUUAUUAGUCCCUCAAGUGAGAAACAAAAACAGUGAAUCAAAGUGAUCUCCUCGUGGUUUUUUUGCCGAUUGAAAUGAGCGAAAGCGCUAUGUGAAUGGACAACAAAAAAUUAGUUGAAUGCACUGGAGCAUCGGAAAAUUAUAAAGAUUUAUACAUGCAGCAAUGCCCAGACAAUAUAUUCAAAUAAAAACCAGACGAAGGAAGCGGAAAUUCCAGAAAAAAAAAAUAUUAAUCAUUUAUUAAAAAUGUGUAUACCUUUUCAGUCUUUCCACAUUUUGCAAUUGAUAACGUUUGCUAAACAACCAAUACCGAAGAGUGUUCACUUUUUCUAGGCAAUUCGAGGACUAAGAAAUUAUCCUGAUCAAAAUGUGAAAAUCCAGAGGCGUGAGGAAUUAGGAACAGAGGAUAAUGAAUUUUUUCGAGCAUUAUUUGAUGCCAAAAACGAUAACCGUGUGCUCCAGUCACUCAAUGUGUGAGACGAUUGUGGAGUAGAAAUGAAAAAAAAGGUGAACAAAAUUUGAAAUCUGAUGAAUUGUGUAAUAAACAAAAUGAUAAAUGCUAGUUGCGAUCGAAUAUACUGUCUCCUUGUGCCCUCCACUCACUCAUGAUUGAUUUGUGUACCCAGCAAUAGGAAAAAAAAUAAAUAAGAACAGAGAUAAAAUUGUGGAGAAAUUUGUAAGGGAAUAAAUUCACAGGUUUUCUCAUAACACAAGGGAAAUUUUACGAGGGUACCUCGAGGGGAAGAGGGAAAUAUUUUCUUUUUUUAUUUUUUUUUGUAACCAAAAAAAUUCCUGAAUGGCUAUUUUUUUAAAUUGAUAACUAGAUGAGAACUCGGUCUACAUUGUAUUCCCAACCAACUCCUCGAGGUAUCUUCGCAAUAUAUCGUGUGAGUUUCAACCUGCUGACCAUUAUCAUGAGAUUUUAAAAAUUUGAAAUAGAAAAUAAACUACCAGAAACCACA